CUUAGAUGUUAAUGAAAUCGAAAUUUAAGUUAUUGUGGAUUUUAGUGCGGAAACAUAACCAAUAAAGUUAAACAAAUUAAAAAAAAUUAAAUAUGAAAUCAUUUACAAUCGGUUUGAUCGCUUUAAUAAUGAUAUCUUAUAUCAUUCAGAAUGAAGGUUUUGAAGUUCCUGAACACUUUAAAAAGCAUGCCAAAAAACUGCAUAAGCGUUGUCAGAACCAAACGAAUACCUCCGAUGAUGUCAUUCGAGCAAGUUUUAGCGGCACAUUACCCCAAGAUGACAAUUUCGCAUGUUAUAUACACUGUAUAUUCGAUAUGAUAGGAGUUAUAGACGAGAAAAAUGUGAUGCGUUUGGAGAGCUUGACACAAGUAUUACCGGAAGAAUUGCAUCCAAUGAUUACAACAUUAGUAGAAUCAUGCGGCACGAAAGAUGGCGAUGACAAGUGCAAAAUAGCUUACAAUACAUUGAAAUGUUAUGUGGACGUUAAUCCCAUAAUGCUGAGUGAAAAACUACAUUUUAUUUUGGAUUAAAUGAAUUUGUAACAUACCUAUGUAAAGUAUUAUUCUCCACGCGCAAUAGUAGUAGACAUCUUAGACAGCGUAACGCCUCGAUUUGAACUUUAAUAAGAUUGCCCUGUGGAGAUCAAAGAAAUACAAUUUGUAAUUGUUUAUGCAUUUGUGAAUGGAUUACCUUUUUAUCUUCUCGAUUGAAUAAAUAAUUUUCCAAAAUAUCAA